ACUUGAUGCAAUCAAGAAUCCUCGACUGUCUUUUGGCCCUGGCGAUCUGGUAGUGUGAAACCAUGCUGCUGGUUGGAUUGGGAUUGACCAGAAUGAAAUGAUAUCCUGGUAGUUGCUGACCCAUCUUCUCGAUUUCCCUGAUACUUGAUGGGAUGAAGUUUAGUUGUGGUGUUGGUAGCUGGUUUUAUCGUAAUGACUCGAUCGGGUCAUUUCUAGUUUUUCAGGAAUGAGUGCUCAUUCUCACGUCAGUUCUCUUAUCGUUGUUGCUUGAGCCUUGAGCUUUUCUGAAAUCAGCAUUACCCUUUUGGAGAGCUUUUACACUAUGUCUCUUGGAGUAUCGACCCCACCGGAAGUUUUUAUCUGGCUAACGCAGUGAAGCUGGCUGAUUGGCUGGCCACGAAGCAUGUGUUGCUUAGGCGAUUUCUCGUUGUAUGGUUUGAAAUGCCGAUCUUAAUGCCAGCGGUUUUCUCUCCGAUUGGAGAUAAGUUGCAUAUCCAACUACACAGUGCAGGGUGUUCUUAUAUUAAACUAGCAUUAACACCAGGUUUUUUCAGGUGAGAAGGUGGAGCAGGAACAACCUAUCCUCUCCCUUCAAGUCUGUACGGACGUUCGUGAACUUCCUAGACGAAUCAAAAAACAGACAAAAGAGGGAGUCAAACCACCCCAUUCAUCUACUAAAUUCUGGCUCUAAUCCAAGUUCCUCUAUAUAUUGGGCUGCUUCAACAUGGUAUCUCGUAGCCUAGAAGCUCAUCUAACGCAUUGCGCAGACGAAAAGGCAUCAGUCUUCACGUUCCUGCAAGUUCCAUGGACUCGUCGAAGAAUGGUACGCCAGAAUCAGAGGCCAGAGCCAAAGGAAAAGCGGCUGCUGGUGCGGUGCCUCCUCCGGUGGCUGCCGCUAGAGUGGGAAGAGGAGGAUGGAAGAAAGGGGUCGCCGUGUUUGACUUCCUUCUCAGGCUACUGGCAACUGGUGCUGCUUUAGCAGCCGCAACGACCAUGGGAACCACCGAUCAGACGCUCCCGUUCUUCACGCAGUUCUUCCAGUUCCAGGCCAGCUACGACGAUCUCCCGGUAUUCACAUUUUUCGUGAUCGCGAAUGCAGGCGCGAGCGCAUACCUCGUCCUCUCCUUGCCCUUCUCGAUCGUGUGCAUAGUCCGGCCCCAGGCCAUCGGUCCAAGGCUCCUCCUCCUUGUCUUCGACACCAUAUUCGUGGCGCUCACGACGGCUGCCGCCUCUUCGGCGGCCGCCAUCGUUUACUUGGCUCACAACGGCAACGCGAACGCGAACUGGCUCGCCAUUUGCCAGCAAUUCAACCAUUUCUGCCAGCAAGUCAGCGGCGCCGUGGUGGCCUCCUUCGUGGCCGCCUUGACCUUCAUAUUCCUGGUAGAUUUGUCCACCAUCUGUCUCAAAAGGAACUGAAUCGAAAGUUGUUUCGUCUCUCAUAUCAUCGGCCUCUGAACUCUGAAAGAAGUUGGAUGAUGACGACGACGACGACGCUAUUGCGCUCUCAUUGGGUUGUUGUCCAGUUGGGAAUUGCCAUGCGAAGUGUA